CCACUGGGCCCCACCCAAUAGUUCUAUUUGGGCCUUUCCUUCCUCCCAUUGGCCCUUCCCACUGUGCCACUUUAGCAUUUUCUACAGUGCGCACCGUUUCUUAUCCUUCACCAUCCUAUUCCUCUUUCUCUCCCACUCUCUCAACUCAUCACCCUGCAAUCCCCACUCUCAUCAUAAAUUAACAAACAAACAACCCUUUUUCCUCCAUCUCACAUAACGCGAUUCUUCUGCUUUAUGGAUUUCCCUCCUCCACGCCUUUUCUGAUUCUCCACUCACCUUCCUCGCGGAUCUGUAAUCGGAAUACAGGAUCGCUUCAAUGGCUGGGACCAACGAACUCAACCCCAACGAUUCUAAGAUGGUGGUUCCGCUGAAUAUGUGGGUUUUGAUCUCAAAUUUCAAGUUGGCAUACAAUCUUCUUCGUCGUCCGGAUGGCACUUUCAACCGGGACUUAGCAGAGUUCCUUGAUCGGAAAGUUCCGGCAAAUGCGAACCCCGUGGAUGGAGUGUUCUCUUUUGAUGUCAUUGUUGACCGUGAAACCAAUCUCCUUACGCGAAUCUAUCGUCCUGCUGAGGGAGAAGAGCGUCCAGUGAGCAUUCUUGAGCUUGAGAAACCUGUGAGCUCUGAGGUUGUUCCUGUCAUCAUAUUCUUCCAUGGUGGAAGUUUUGCUCAUUCUUCAGCCAAUAGUGCCAUAUAUGAUACGCUAUGUCGUCGCCUGGUUGGUAUCUGUAAGGCCGUUGUGGUGUCUGUGAACUAUAGGCGUGCACCUGAGAAUAGGUAUCCCUGUGCUUACGAUGAUGGGUGGACAGCUCUUAAGUGGGUUAGCUCUAGAUCUUGGCUUCAGAGUCGGAAAGAUAAGAAAGUUCAUAUCUACAUGGCUGGGGAUAGCUCGGGUGGGAACAUUGUGCACCAUGUUGCUCUCAAAGCUGUGGAGUCCGGAAUUGAAUUGUUUGGGAAUGUUCUGCUCAACCCAUUGUUUGGUGGGCAGGAAAGAACCGACUCGGAGAAGCGUUUAGAUGGGAGAUAUUUUGUAAGAGUGAAGGAUCGAGACUGGUAUUGGAGGGCUUUUCUUCCUGAAGGGGAAGAUAGAGACCAUCCUGCAUGUAACCCGUUUGGGCCAAAGGGGCAAAGCCUUGAAGGGACUGUCUUUCCCAAGAGCCUUGUAGUGGUUGCUGGUUUAGACCUUGUUCAGGACUGGCAACUGGGUUAUGCCAAAGGGCUUGAGAAGGCUGGCCAGGAAGUGAAAUUGCUAUUCCUGGAGCAAGCAACCAUUGGGUUUUACUUGCUGCCAAAUAAUGAGCACUUCUCUUCUGUUAUGGACGAGAUAAAAUAUUUUGUCAGCCCUGACUGUUGAUAGGCUUAACUUUUGCUAUAAUACACUAGUGGACGUUAGAAGAUUGUGUAGAAAAUAGGUACUUGUAUGCUACUAAAUGUGUCGUGAGAUGGGUGUAAUCAGCAUAUAGCUGUGAUGAUUUUCCGAAGCACAUAAUCAGGAAAUUGGGUGCUGCGGAUAGGUGAAAGGCUUUUAGGACAAGGGGAGCUCUGGCCAUGUUUAUGGGAACCACUAAAGUUGUGAUUACCCACUCUGACUUCCAGCCAAAAAGGAGAGGAAGGCGUGUUAUUCUAUUUCCGGGCGUGACCUUGAUGCCAAUCGGUGGGGCUUGUCGUUGUCUGGCAAGUGUUAUAUAUAACUAAUUUUGGAACUCGGAUAGGAAAAUAUGAAUGAUAUGUUGGUGCUGUUAGGUUAUUUGCAUCUAUGCUAUCUUCAUAUGAGUGUUUGUUUCAAGACUGUUCACUUUUUCUCUAUAUAGCUAAUUUUACAUUCCUAUGUCUUUGGGUUGUCCUUGUUUGACCAUGGACACUCUUUGCAAAUGUAAAUGGAUGUCUUUUCGACGCAAUGUUAGGGCUUGUAUUAUGUUUGCUUCUGUAUAUAUAGACAUUUUUCAUUUUUUUUUUUUA